GGCAUAUUACACGUUCAAGCAAUGAAGAGUCUAUGCAACAUAUGAUCGCGAAUGGGCGUGCCAAAAUCAAAGACGGAACUCUUAUUAUAUCGGCCAUCACAAGAUCCGACGAUGGGAUAUUCUAUUGUACAGUUACUAACUCAGAGGGUAGUGAAACCUUAGAAGUCAAAUUGUCUGUAUCAUCGCCUUUAAGUGCAAUCGUACAGCCUCGAGUACAAACUGUAAAUCUUGGACAAACGGCUGAUUUAAUUUGCAGUACAUCUGGAUUUCCAAAACAACAAGUUUUGUGGUUUAAGGAUGGCAAAACACUACGUUCUGGGGCUCGGGUUCGUCAUCUGUCAACGGAACAUAUACGCAUUACAUCUAUCGUCAAAGAAGAUAAGGGAAUGUAUCAAUGUAUUAUAAAGAACGAUCUAGAGUCAAGUCAAUGUUCUGCCGAGCUAAGAUUGGGAGAGGUGGCACCUCAGUUACUUUAUAAGUUUAUAGAGCAAACUAUGCAGCCUGGACCUUCUGUUUCGCUUAAAUGCAGUGCAAGUGGUAACCCGACGCCUAAAAUUGCUUGGCACUUGGAUGGAUUUCCUCUUCCAAAUGUAAAUAUUUGA